GAUGUCGCGCUGUCACCAUCGUCCUCGACCACUGACCACCACCGUCCAUUCCCCCUUCGCCAAGAAUGAGUUACAGCGCUGCGCCUCAGAGCACUCUGCCAUACCCCCCUAUCCACAAGGACGCGAAGUUCGUCGUCCUGUCUGACUGGGAUGGCACGAUCACCACGCACGACUCAAACGAUUAUAUGACGGACAACCUUGGCUAUGGGCUUGAGAAGCGCCGCAAUGGCAACCUAAGUGUUCUCGCUGGCGAAGUUACCUUCCGCGACGAGUUCAGGAAGAUGCUCGGCAGCGUAGUCGCGAAUGGGCACUCCUUCGAAGAGUGCAAGCAAGUCCUCCGUGACAACAUCAAGCUUGAUGAGGGCUUCAAGCCUUUCUACUCUUGGUGCAAGGAGCACGGCGUUCCGGUCAUUAUCGUCUCAAGCGGCAUGACCCCUACCAUCCGCGCUGUCCUCUCCAACCUCCUCGGCGAGCAAGCCGCAGAAGAGAUCGAGAUCAUCUCGAACGACGUUGACAUCAAAGAGGACGGCACCUGGGAGAUCAAGUUCAGGCAUCCGAGCAGCGGCUUCGGCCACGACAAGUCGCAAGCCAUCCUCCCCUACCGCGCGCUCCCCAACCCGCCCACCCUCUUCUUCUUCGGUGACGGCGUGUCCGACAUGUCCGCAGCCGCGCACGCAGACCUGCUGUUUGUGAAGACAAAGUACUACGGCGAGAACGACCUGCACGAGUACUGCAAGCGCGAACAGAUCCCGCAUGUGCUGAUUGGGAGCUUUGCGGAGGCGAUGCCGCUCGUGCAAGCGAUCGUCGAGGGUAAGAAGACGGUGCAGGAGGUGAUCAAGGAGAAGGGGUGGGCACCUCAAUGAAGUGAGCGGCUUGACUACUUAGAUGUCUCAACAUAGACUGCUAGUACACCUUCCGCAAAAGAAUGUAUAGACUAGAGGGCAGCGAAGACUUACACUGCAACAUUCACAGCAAA